CGACCCGCCGCCCGCCGCCGCCCACGGCCGGAGUCGGCGCGAUCCGCACCGAGCCCGGCGGUGCCGCGUAGCGCAGCGGCAGCGGAGCGGGAGCCCGACGGCGCGGUCGCAAGGUCACCGCGCGCCAUGGAGGCCAAGGUCCGCCAGAGCCGGCGAUCGCGCGCGCAGCGGGACCGCGGCCGGCGCCGGGAGGCGGCCCGCGACGCCCGCGAUCAGAGCGCGUCGUCGGGGGACGAGCCCGAGCCCGGGCCCGGCAAGGAGAACACGGGCCUGCCCCGCGCGCCCCCGCCCCGCGCCGCCGCCGCGCGUCCCCCGCGCCGCCGCCGCCGCGAGUCCAGCUCGCAGGAGGAAGAGGUCAUCGAUGGCUUCGCCAUCGCCAGCUUCAGCACGCUGGAGGCCUUGGAGAAGGACAUGGCCCUGAAGCCACACGAGCGGAAGGAGAAGUGGGAACGUCGCCUUGUCAAGAAGCCCCGUGAGUCAGAAAACUGCCCGUCUGCAGAGCCUGGUGAGAACGGGCGGCCCCUGGAGGCAGGCAGCUCCGAGCAGGACCUGGAGCCCACCUGCGACCGAGGGGAGAGGAAGGCCCCGCUGCAGCCCACCAAGCAGAUGAAGGUCACGGUGUCCAGAGGGGGCGACCACAACAGUGACGGCGACAGCGUCCGAGAAGCCACCAGCUCCCGGAGGAGCAGUUCUCGGGACCAGCUCAGUGAUAGCUCGGCGCAGGCGGUCUCAGGCAGAGGUUACUCCUGCGACAGCGAGAGCGACGGGGAUGACAAGGCGUCUGUGGGCUCCGAGAAGCUCUUUGCCCCGGCAGCCGAUAAAGGACCCACGCUGGGCGAGAAGUCUGAGGCCAAGGCCGGGGCGGCGCCCAAAGUCUCGGGCCUGGAGCGCAGCCGCGAGCUGAGCACCGAGCCGCCCUUCCUGCCCCCUGUGCGCAGCCCCGCGCCGGUGGUCCUGCCCUCCGCCGGCCCCGCGCCCGGCGCCCCGUCCAGCCCACCCGUCAAGAAGGAAGCCCCGGCCCUGCCCCGCCUCACGCCGCAGCCGCCGCCCGCGCCCCUGCAGACCCGGGCUUCCCUCCCGACGCACGUGCCUCUCCCCCCGGGCGCCUUCCCGGGCCCCGGCGCGGCAGCGCACAACGGCCUGCACAGCCUCAGCAGGAGCAGCAGCGCCAGCAGCGGCGCCAGCCUGGGGCUCGCGAAGCACGCGUCCCUGUCGCCUCACGGGCCGGGCCCCCACCUCUCUACCUCACACUUGGCGCUCCGCUCGCAGGCCCAGCACCAGCACCACGCGGCGGCCAUGUUCGCCGCGCCCCCGACACUGCCCCCGCCCCCGGCGCUGCCGGCCAACAGCCUGGUCAUCCCAGGACACCCCGCCGAUGCCAGCCUGUUGAUCUCAUUCAGCCAGCCAAUCAUGUAUUGCCAGCCUCAUUCGGGGAUUCUGAUUGGUACUUGGUCACAGGCACCUCUCUUAUCUCCACCCUGGGGCCCGCACGUAGCGAGCGGCCACCACGGCUUGGCCUGCCGAAACCGGGAGUGCCAGCAGGUGACUAUCCGCCUCGCCCCGCCGGGAGCCCGCGGCCGACGUGCCUCUCUGUCUCUCUCUUUUUCUCUUGUAGAUCACGAGCUGCUCAGGCAAGAGCUGAACGCGCGUUUUCUGGUCCAGAGCGCCCCCCUGGGCCCGGGAGCUCUGCUGCGGGCGGAGUUCCACCAGCACCAACACACACACCAGCACACACACCAGCACCAACACACAUUCGCCCCCUUCCCUGCCGGGCCGCCCCCGACGCCGCUCCUGCCGCCCGCCGCACCCCCGCCGUUUGACAAGUACACGCCCAAGCUGGACAGUCCCUACUUCCGACAUUCCAACUUUUUCCCGCCCUUCCCUCCAGCCGUCCCAGGACUGCCCGCCCUGCUCCCACACCCAGGUCCCUUUGGAUCCCUGCAGGGUGCUUUUCAGCCCAAGGUGUCAGACCCAUACCGGACAGCAGUCAGGAAGCCCGGGAAGUGGUGUGCUGUGCACGUGCAGAUCGCCUGGCAGAUCUACCACCAUCAGCAGAAGAUAAAGAUGCAGCUGGGCCCUCACAAACUGGACGCAGGCGCCAAGCUGGACUUGUUCAGCAGACCCCCUGCCCCGGGUGUGUUCGCCGGAUUCCACUACCCGCAGGACCUGGCCCGGCCCCUCCUCUCCAGCUCAGGUGGAGGGACACGAGGGGGCGCCCACGUCACUGGUCUCGCCCGGCGCUCACUUCUAGGCGACGGGGUGGGGCACCCUGAGCAGCAGAGUUGGCCCCUGACUCAACAGCUCCGUCUCCAGACUGGGCCCACCGGCUGUCCUCCAGGUGCUGCCCAUCCCACCACCAACCCGUUCGGACUCUCAGCCCAUCCUGGCAGCUUCCUGCCCACUGGUCACUUGAUGGACCCUUUCAGCAGAUCAAGCACCUUCGGGGGCCUGGGGAGCCUGGGCAGCAACGCCUUCGGAGGCUUGGGCAGCCACUCGCUGACUCCCGGUGGCGGCCUCUUUGCCCCCAAGGAGGGCCCCACGCUGCACGGCCUGCCCAGCCCCCGCGAGGCCUGGAACCGGCUGCACCGGGCGCCGCCCUCGUUCCCCACGCCACCCCCGUGGCCUAAGCCUGUAGACGUCGAGCGGGUCUCAGCCCUGACCAACCACGACCGAGAACUGGACAAGAGCAGGGAGGAACGGGACCUCCUGGAGAAGACGCGCCUGCUGAGCCGGACCUCGCCCGUGGCCGCCGUGGGCCACCCGGGCAGUGGCCUCCUGCUCCGCGGCCAGGGCGAGCCGGGCCGGCCCGGGGUUCCUGCCGAGCGCGAGGCUGAGCCUCGCGUCAAGGAGAGCCACUCCCCGGCCCGGGAGGACAGCGCCAAGCCCAGCAAGGCGGCCCUGGGGGACGGCCUGCGCCUGGCAGGCCUCCUGGGCCGUGAGCCGGCCAAGCCGCUCGAGGCGGCGGCCGAGCGGCCCCAGAGCGACGUGAAGGUCAAGGAGGAGCGCGGGGAGGACGGCGACGCGCCCCCACAGCCCGGCCCGGGCCCCGCGGGCCGCGAGCGCCCAGCUUUCGUCUGGGAGCCGCCGCGGGAGGCCUACCGCGGCCCGGAGCCAGCCCGCCGCGCCCCGCUCGCCCCGGGCCCUGCCGCCCUCCUCGAGCCUCCCGAGCGACCCUACCGCGACCGCGAGCCGCACGACUACAGCCCCGAGCGCUUGCGGGAAGCGCGCCGUGACGAGCUGGAGCGCGCCCGGGCCGCGCACCUGGACGGCGCGGCGCUGCUGCCCGCGCUGGGCGCCCUGCACUUCCCGCGCCUCACGCCCGCCGCCGCCGCGCUGCACAACGGGCUCUUGGCGCGGACCCCGCCGGCCGCCGCCGCCUCGCUCGGCGCGCCGCCCCCGCUGGUGGCCGCGGCUGGGCCCCCCACGCCCCCGGGGCCGCCGCGGAGCAGGACUACGCCGCUCGGGGCCCGCGCGCCCGGCGAGGCCCGCGACUACUCCCCGUCGCGCAACCCCCAGGAGGUGGAGGCGCGGUAGUGGCCGCGGGGCCGCGGCCGCCGCGUGUGCGGAGGCCCCUCCACGAACGCACGCACUGCUGUCGACUAACCUAAGCGUCUGUUUCUAGAACUUAAGCACAGUUCCAUUGGCCCUGGGGCGAUGCUCGCUCUUCCACUCGCAGCCUGCGGAGUUGGGGGUGUCAUACACAGCUUUUCUGGGGGUGAUCUUUUGUUUUCCGAGCUUGAGAUGAGGCUACUGGAAAAAAAAUGCAAGUUUGUACCUUUUUUCCCACAGGUGAGAAGCGUUUUUAAUAGAUUUGUAUUUUUUUCAACUUUAUGCUCUUUAGACAUUUAAAUGAAACAAAAAAGACUUUUGCUUUUUAACUUUUAGUUUGCUUUUGCGAUUUAAUGGCCUCAGAGCCCCAGGGGUUUUUUUUGUCUUAUUUAUGGAGAAGAAAACGGUCAUUUUGUCCAGCGCACUGUGAGGUCCCCACUCAGGCCCGGCCCUGGCCCUCCCUUGGUACUUGGAACCGAAGUUACAGAUAUAUAUUAAGAUAAUUAAUAAUGUACAAAACUUUAUUUGCCUUAUUAUGCAGAAAUGUAGAAGGGUUUCUUUUCCGGUUUGUUUUUUUAAAAAAAAACACAAACAGUGUAAAUAGUCUGUUAAUAUAAACAUAUGAUGUUAUUAAGUUCUUAACCUAUAGGUAGACUUUAUAAAAACGGUUUCUAGAAACUCCUCUGGUUAUCUGUUUAACAUGGUCACAAAAACCCACCCGCUGUCAGUUGGAAAUGCCUUCGGACGUUUAACUGCAGCACCGUCCUUCAACUAUGCAAGCGCUCAGGGCGGCCGGGCCGCGGGGGGGACCACGGAGCGGCCCUGGGACGUGUGCGCACCUUGUGCUGACUGUGCGGUGUCCGCGGGAUCCACCGCAGACGAGUAGGGUUUGGGAGGUGAAAAGGCUAAAGGCACAAAAGAAAGAACUGCGGUCUCUUCUCACGGAGGACAGCAGCAGACGGUUGUCUCAUGUUUUGCCACCGGCCAAGGCCUUGGCAUGAUUUCCGUUUGGUUUCAGUCUUACUUUCAUAACCCCGUGACUGUCACCAUGCCCUGUCGGCGUCCCUUGUUCCCUGGCGUCCACACCUGUGUCCUCGGCGUUGGCGCCGUGGUUCGGCCGUCUGUAGCUGUUUGCUUUAUUCCGUUCUGUACCUUCGACCCUGUGUUUCCACUGUAGACUCCGGUUAUUUUAAACAUUCUGUUCUCACAUCAACCAGUGAAGGUAAAUACAGCCUUGAUUUUGG